AUGGCAUCUUCAAACAAUGAGCAGGAUCAUGUUAAAGCUGCAGGACUCUUCGACAGGUUAUGGGGGAAGAUAGUUAAGUUUGGCUUGAUGUUAAAGAAACUAGGGCAAGAUGAUCCAAGAAGAGUCGUUCAUUCUCUUAAAGUGGCACUUGCUCUUACGUUGGUCUCCAUGUUAUUCUACUUUGAACCUCUCUACGAAGGUUUCGGUCUUGCUGCUAUGUGGGCUAUUCUCACUGUUGUGGUAGUUUUUGAAUUUUCUGUCGGUGCAACGAUAGGACGAGGUUUGAAUAGAAUGUUGUCAACUGUAGUUGCUGCUGCUCUUGGUAUUGGAGCUCAUCGAUUAGCAACUCUUUCUGGAAAUGAAGGAGAGCCUAUACUUAUUGCUCUCUUUGUCUUCGUAGAAGCUGCAAUAGUGACAUUCUUCAGAUUCAUUCCCCAAAUGAAGGCAAGAUACGAUUAUGGAUUGCUAAUAUUCAACUUGACAUUCUGCCUGGUAUCGGUGUCUGGCUAUCGUGACGAAGAGGUUAUACGAUUGGGAUUCGAGAGGGUAAUUACUAUCAUCAUCGGAAGCAUUACAGCUGUUGCUGUUUGUCUUUUCAUUCGUCCAGUAUGGAUUGGGGUGGAGCUUCACAAUCAGAUUGCUAACAACAUGGACAAGCUUGCUAAUUUCUUACAAGGAUUUGGAGAUGAAUACUUUAAAGUAUCUGAGGAUGGACACAGCAGAGAUAAGCCGUCGUGUCUUGAGGGAUAUAAAAGUGUUCUAACGUCAAAAGGCAGUGAAGAUACCAUGGCUAAUUUGGCAAGAUGGGAACCGGGACAUGGGAGGUUCAGGUUUCGUCAUCCAUGGAAACAAUACUUGAAAGUUGGAGCCCUAACUCGCCAAUGUGCGUUCAAAAUUGAAGCUCUCAACAACUACCUUACCUCCGAAACCCAAACUCCUCAAGAAGUUAAAAGCAUAAUACAGGGACCAAGCGUGGUUAUAAGCUCAGAGUGUGGGAAAGCAUUGAAGGAGUUAGCAACCUUUAUGAGGAAAAUGACCAAAUCAUCGUCAAAUGAAGCUCACAUUGCAAAGUCAAAAGAUGCUGCUGAAGAACUCAAAGCUGUAAUAAGAUCAAGCUUGUGUAAACACCCAGGUGAUUCCCUACAUAUAAUACAAGAAGGUGCAGUGGCUUCACUACUCUUUGAGAUCAUCACAUGUACAGAGAAAAUUGCUGAGGCUGCGCAUAAGCUAGCAUCCCAAGCACAUUUUAAGGAUGUGAAGCCAAGAGUAACACCGGGUCAGGAUGGGUCGUCACACCAUGUUAUUACGAUUGAGUGA